AGUUCACUUUGUUUACCUCAUCAAUGAUCAGCUGAUGAGAUUGUAGGUCUCUGCGCCGAGAUGGCUGAAUACAGUAGUUGUUUCUUUUUGUAAUUAUGGUGAAUGACGAUAUAUUCCAUCAUGCAUUAGUUUUUAUAUAAGGAGUGAAAACUUGUUAAUGUCUUACUUUAGGGGCGCCUCCCCGUGCUUGGUUUUUCCUCAACAUUAUAUCACUAUUUCAGGUACAGUACAGUAAUGUGAAAACGCCCUCAAGAAUGCCACCUUUCAAACAAGUUGUGAGCUUGCAGACAUCUACACUCAGAAGAGUGGCUUAUCUGAUCAGGCGACUGUGUUGCGACCACAGUCUUUUGACCAGUGACCUCAUACCUGUAAUAGAUCAUCUGCAGACCUUCCUACCUCCUCAAAUCCAAGCUUCUGUGUGUCAUACGCUUCUUCAUGAGUCACAUAAGAUUGUAUUCCCUGAGCUACUCAAUCAAAAAUACAUCUACAUUUGCACACAACUGCAUGCCGAGUUCAUAUGGAUCAAUGAUAGUCGAAGUAUUGUACCAAUGUUGGAGAAGAUGGAUGGACAGAGUGUGAGAACUCUCAAGAUGACUGGGUCUCAUGGCCAGCUGGACUUAGAUCUGGAGUACAGUACAUAUGAUUUCCAGCAGUUCAUGAAACUUGAACCGCUUUAUAGGUUUCUUAGAACACUAACAAAUUUGACAACAUUGAAGUGCUCUCAAAUGUGUAAUAACUUCAUGCUUCAACUCUUGUCAAGAACUUGCCCCCACUUAGAAGAAGUUAACAUUGAAAUGUGUACUGAUGUAGAUGAUGAAGGUGUGUUUUAUUUAGGUGGCCAUUUUCCAUCCCAUGAUACAUAUUCUCAGAUAAGGAGAGGUGUUCGGAUACCCUCUAAGUCAGUUUGUACAAAACUCAGAAAGGUAAAUUUAGAAUACACUUUAGCAUGCACAGCCAGUGCAGUAAUGUUGCUGCAUUUGUGCCGAAAUAUUGAAGAACUCAUGGUUACCCCAGAUGUUAAUAUAGGGGAUGUAUUUACUACAUUACAUGGUACUAAUCCAGAAAAAUAUGAGGAAGUCACAACACAGUAUUCCCUCAGAAUUUUGCAUACAUAUAUGGAACUAGAUGAGAAUGUCUUAUCUUUAAUAGUCAAAACUUGUCCUCGAUUGCAUGAUGUUACAUUAAGAUGCAAUGGAGUGGAGAGAAAAGAUAGAAAUUUUCUAGCAACUCUUCUUAGUCUAAAUCUAAAAACCCUCAAUGUUAUGAAUUGCAGUAUGCCUGCCUUAUUGUGGUACUUGGAUCAGUGUGGGAGCAAUCUCAGAAGUUUAACUAUUCAGCACCUCACUAUGGCACCUUUAAGCCUGACAUUUACGAGAACUCAUCUUCAGAAUGUUAUACGUACCUGUCCCAAUCUACAGAGCUUUACACUAAAGCUUAACAAUAGUCCAAUCCAACCUGAUGUGCCUUAUUCUGCAAUUGGCUCUCGUCUUUUGUAUUUCAAGUCCCUGUCGCACCUGACACUCGAGGGCACAACAAUUACGUCUGAGGAUCUAUCAGUAUUAGUAAGUAAAUGUGAAUCUUUGCGUGAAUUGCAUAUUCUCAUCCAUAAUUUAGACAUGUUAGAGGACCAAGUACUCUAUGAUCUCCUGGCUACAGGUGCUAUGCAUAAUUUAUGGACUCUCUUUCUACACCGCCCAAUGUUGACAUUAGCUGGCCUUAAGAGGUUGCUUGUUGAAUGCCCACACUUGCAUACUAUUGGACCCCUUUCAUCAUGGGCCAUAAGCAAAAAAGAUCGAGAAGAACUGAGUAAAGAAAUUAGAAUGAAGAAUUGGGAUUUGAAUGUUGAGAGUCCCGAGAUGAUGCAUAUGUUUAUCCUCUGAGGCAAUGUUGCUCAUUAAGGUGACAUCAAGCUUGGGAGAAUGUAAAUAUUAGUUUUGUUUUUCCAUUGGUUCUGUAUACUGGUGUAUUAUUAUUAUUAUUAAACUCAUCUUUGAAUUCUUUAUGUCUCCCCAUCUUUCAUCUUCUGGCCAAAAAUUUCAUCACAGUUACUUUUUACUUUAAAUGCUCAUCAAAUUGUUCACUAUUCACAUCUGUUUACCUGUCUUAUAGAUAUCUGUCUAUUCAUAAUAUUUUUUUAUAAUUCUAACCAGUGAUGUACAGGUACUUGGGAUCAUGAACGAGAUCAUUCACAAUUUGAGCCUUUAUGGAGCACCUAAAGAUUAGCCCACAGACAGUUUUGGGCUGGUUAUGCUGGGAGCAAAACUUCUGGUAAGCACUG